CCACUGAUCCAUCCGACACCAUGACCGCCGCCAGUUGUCGGAGGCCCAGCAACGACAGCACCUCCCGGCUGUCGGAGCUCUCUCUUCUAUGUCGCUCACUAACCAGCCAGCAGGGCUCCCAGCGGCGUAAGAAGAGCAGGCUGUCCACCGGUGGCAGCGAGGAUCAGAAGAAAUCGAACUCGUUGCUGUCGGCGUUCCAAAUGUACUCUCCCUUUAGUUCCAAGGAGAAUCUGCAGUCCAGCGAGGAGGUUGAAGAUUUACACGUGAUUGACACACAGCCCGGACACUCCGUGGAUGUGCCACUCUUCGCAGACUUUAGCCCAAUAAAUCCGAUUAUGGAAGAGGAUUCUGAGGGCGUUGAAGGCGGCAAAACCAGUGAAGCCAGAGGCAUUAGUGAUGGCGGUGGGCAAAGGGGCAAAGGCGAUGGCGGUGGCGGUGGUGGCGGUGGGGGCAAUCGGUUAAAGAGGAACAUCAAGCACACCGGGAGCCUGAUUGUGCGCAAACUAACUGCCGGCAGGCAUCAUGAUGCGGACAAGAAGGGUGCGAUUAGGAAGAAGGAUAAGGAGCAGCAGGACGUGGCGGACACGGAUAAGGAGAAACCAAACAGCAAGCCGGAGGGCAAGGUAGCCAUGCUGCGCACCACGACCCUCUAAUGGAAUGGAACACGGGCGUGGCAUGAGCAAUACGUUUAUUUGUGGGGCAGUUUGUAUCUAUUGAAUGAGUGAAUAUGAAGGCAAUGCGGCGAAUCCCUGCUGGAAUCUCAAGAAUUAAUUAAUGUUAGCAUCUCUCCGUAGAUCGAACGUAUUGAUAUAUUACUACACAUUACAAUCAAGCAGACAAACUCCUCUAUCUAUCCACACUGACAUGCAUUAGCACCCGCAUAGAUACGCACAUAUUUACAUACGUUAUUUAUUAGGAACCUAGUUAAUGGGCCAGCAAUAUUUGUCAUCGCGCAGCAUGCUAGAUGAAACAGAAGUGAAUAUAAGGGUAACAGAAACACCACUCAAUAAAGCCGUAACAAUAAAUAUUAACAAGAAACCAAUCAACGCUCUAUAAACUGCAUUUAUGUGUCGAUAUCCAGUAAUCAAUUUGCUUGGCAAAACAAACGAUCAAAGAACACAAACUCAUAGAUAUCCGACUCGGGUUGUUUCUUCAUUAAAUCAUACUUUCAAGAAAGUCGAAUUUGGCAGCAUACAGCGAUAGUGUCGUGAUGUGAUUAGUUCACGAUAUGUCAAUCGCCAAAGUUUUCAUUCUACUCUAUUGAAAUGUGCCCAAUCGCAACGCCCAGAUCAUGUAUUGUAAUUAUUAUGCCCGUGCUCGAAUAUGUAGUUGGUACUUAUACGCGAAAUUUUUGUUAAUUUCCUUCAAUUUGAACAGUUCAUAGAACACCAAACAGACAGCAAAUGUAUGUAUACUAUUAUUAAGGAUUCAGGUUUACUAACAACACCACUCCGAAACAAGUAACAAUGCGAUGCAAUGAUGGCCAAUGUUACCUAGUUUCCACCAAGUUCACUUAGCCCCGAGGAAAGACGAGCCAGUGGUUUUUAGGGCCGUUCUACAUGCAAUUGUUGAAUGUUUCUAAAACAUACCUUAGGGAGGAGCGAUCUCAAGUGAGAUGUA